ACGCAGUAUUCAUUUAAAGAAGUGUUUGGCACCCUCGUUGUCCAGAAGAAGCUUUUUGAUGUGGUGGCUAAACCUCUAGUGGAAGAUCUCAUUCGUGGGAAAAAUGGUCUCCUGUUUACAUAUGGUGUGACAGGCAGUGGGAAAACGCACACCAUGACAGGAUCUCCUGGUGAUGGAGGGCUUCUCCCGCGCUGUUUGGAUAUGAUCUUCAACAGCAUAGGACCGUUCCAGGCCAAGCGAUUUGUUUUUAAGCUCGAUGACAAGAAUGGUGUGGAUGUUCAGUGUGAAGUAGAUGCUCUAUUAGAGCGCCAGAAAAGAGAUGCCAUGCCUGUUCCAAAAACUCCAUCUGGCAAGCGACAAAUAGAUCCAGAAUUUGCUGAUAUGAUCAAUGUGCAAGAUCACUGCAAAGUGGAAGAAGUUGAUGAAGAUAAUGUCUACAGUGUCUUUGUCUCCUAUAUUGAGAUCUACAACAACUACAUAUAUGACCUCUUGGAGGAAACUCCCUUUGAUGCUAUAAAACCAAAGUGGAACAAUUGCAACACUCCUGUGCGAAAUGGUGACUUUAUACCUCCACAAUCCAAAAUACUUCGUGAGGACCAGAAUCACAACAUGUAUGUCACAGGAUGCACAGAAGUAGAGGUGAAAUCUACAGAAGAAGCUUUUGAAGUGUUUUGGAGAGGUCAAAAGAAGAGGCGUAUUGCAAACACUCAGCUGAAUCGAGAAUCUAGUCGCUCUCACAGUGUUUUUAUAAUAAAGUUGGCUCAGGCACCCCUGGAUGCAGAUGGAGAUAACGUGCUACAGGAGAAAGAGCAGAUCACUUUAAGCCAGCUGUCCUUGGUUGAUCUGGCUGGAAGCGAAAGAACUAACAGAACAAAGGCUGAAGGGAACAGGUUGCGAGAAGCAGGUAAUAUUAAUCAGUCGCUAAUGACGUUAAGAACAUGUAUUGAAGUUCUACGGGAAAACCAGAUGUAUGGAACAAAUAAGAUGGUUCCAUACAGAGAUUCCAAACUGACUCAUCUUUUCAAGAACUAUUUCGACGGUGAAGGAAAAGUGCGUAUGAUUGUGUGCGUUAAUCCUAAAGCCGAGGACUACGAGGAAAGCUUGCAAGUCAUGCGCUUUGCAGAAAUGACCCAGGAAGUUGAAGUGGCCAGACCUGUGGAUAGACCGCUCUGCGGCUUAACGCCAGGACGGCGCUUUAGGAAUCAGGCCUUCCGAGAGGAGCUCUCACGGAAAUUGGAGAUGCGGGGUGGCCCGAUAAACGGAGAAAGGGAAGAGCAAUCUGUUUCAGAAAUGUUUUUGCAGAACUUUCCUCCAUUGCCUUCGUGUGAGCUAUUGGACGUUAAUGAUGAUCAAACACUUCCAAAGCUUAUUGAAGUCCUGGAAAAACGCCAUAAACUACGACAAAUGUUGUCAGAGGAGUUUGCCAAAAACGUGCUUGCAUUUAAAACAAUGCUGCAAGAAUUUGACUCCAGUGUUGUAUCCAAGGAAAACUAUAUUCAAGGAAAACUGUCUGAAAAAGAGAAAACAAUAACAGGACAGAAAAUGGAGCUAGAACGCCUGGAAAAGAAAAUUAAAACUUUGGAAUACAAGAUUGAGAUUUUGGAGAAAACUGCGACGAUCUAUGAAGAAGACAAGCGUAAUCUUCAGCAAGAACUAGAAAGCAAGAGCCAGAAAUUGCAACGUCAGGCUUCUGACAAGCGUAGGUUGGAGGCACGAUUGCAAGGCAUGGUGGCAGAAACAACUAUGAAAUGGGAGAAGGAGUGUGUAAGUACUGUAUCUAUUAGAAAUCUGGAGAUGCAGAACAAACUUUGGGUCAAAGAUGAAAAAUUGAAGCAACUGAAGGCCAUUGUUACCGAACCAAAAAAUGAAAAGCCAGAGAGGCCUUCGCGGGAGAGAGAUCGAGAGAAGCCUGUUCAGAGAUCAGUGUCUCCUUCACCAGUACCUAAUGCACCUCCAGUUCGCCUCAGACACAGACGGUCGCGCUCAGCUGGGGAGAGAUGGGUAGAUCAUAAGCCACCUUCUAAUCUGCCCACUGAAACAGUCAUGCAGCCGCAUGUCCCUCAUGCCAUCACAGUAGCGGCUGCCAGUGAAAAGGCACUAGCUAAGUGUGACAAGUAUAUGCUGACGCACCAGGAGCUAGCCUCUGAUGGGGAGAUUGAAACCAAGCUAAUUAAGGGGGAUGUUUUCAAAACCAGGGGUGGUGGACAGGCUGUGCAGUUCACAGAGAUAGAGACUCUGAAGCAAGAAUCUCCAACUGGUCGAAAGCGAAGAUCAUCACCUUCCAAUCCUGACCCAGCCGAGGAUGCUGCAGAAUCUGAAUGGACUGAUGUAGAAACCAGAUGUUCUGUGGCAGUGGAGAUGAGGGCAGGAUCAGCUCUUGGACCUGGGUAUCAGCAUCAUGCUCAGCCCAAGCGAAGAAAGCCAUGA